AUGGCUAGGAUAUCGACGCCCAACAGUAAUAGAAGAGGAAGAAACAAUGAUGGAAUCUAUAGAAAUAUACCAGGAGAUCCAAUACCUACAGGGAGAAGGAAACCAAGAUAUAAACCAGGUACAAAAGCUUUAAAAGAAAUUAGAAAGUUCCAAAAAUCAACAGAUCUACUGAUUGCUAAACUACCCUUUGCUAGAGUUGUUAGAGAAGUUGCCAUGUCAUAUAUUGGUGAAGAUGUUGCUUUAAGAUGGCAAUCUGUUGCGAUUUUAGCAUUACAAGAAGCUGCUGAAGCAUUUCUUGUUAGUUUAUUUGAAGAUACAAAUUUGCUGGCGUUACAUGCUAAAAGAGUUACUAUCAUGCAAAAGGAUAUUCAAUUGGCUAGAAGAAUUAGAGGAACGUAUUGA